AUCAUGUUGUCGAUAUUUUGUGGGAUAGGCGAAGGAUCGUCUGGAUACACCUGUGUGUUUAUCUGUUUGUGUGAAUUUUAUUUGCAAGUUUCCGUGCGUAGUUUGUCCGUCACAUGAAUCAGCUCGUGCUUGAACGUUGUUAUUCUUGUUUGACAUGACUUUAGAAGAUCCAUUUUACGUCGUCAAAGAUGAGGUGUUCAAAGCAUUGAACAAAACACGCGGCCUAUACCUCAGGUGGCAGGAGAUUUCGAAGGCGCCCACUAUACCCAAUAGUCCUGAAGUGGAAUGGACUUCAACGGAGUUGAGGAACGCUCUCCGUAGUAUUGAAUGGGACUUAGAGGACUUAGAAGAUACUAUCAGUAUCGUAGAAAAAAAUUCAUCAAAAUUCAAAAUUGACAAUAAAGAAAUUUCGGAAAGACGGAGUUUUAUAGAAGCUACGAAGCAAGAAGUGAAGGUGAUGAAAAGUAAAAUGAGCCUGAACAGAAAUCGAGACAACGAUGGAACGGCUCGAGAGCCAUUGCUGGGCGACGAAAGUCCAGUGCACAACAUGAGUAAUGUUUGGACAGCUACGCCUAAAUAUACGAAAUACUCGAAACUUGCCAACCAGACCGACAGUCCUAAUCGGUUCGACUAUGACAGUGAUAUCAUGUCCAUGCAAGAGAAGAUGCUGACGAGCCAAAAUGACCAGCUGCAAGUGAUCAGCCACUCUGUCGGGUCAUUGAAAACUGUUUCUAAACAGAUUGGCAUCGAAUUGGACGAGCAAGCAGUGAUGCUUGACGAUUUGAAUACAGAACUUGAAAAUGCUGAUUCUAAACUAGAUUCGACGUUAAAGAAAGUCGCUAAGGUGCUCCAUAUGAAUAACGAUCGACGCCAGUGGCUGGCGAUAUUAAUCCUGGUAGGCCUUCUAAUGAUAAUAUUAAUAUUAUUUGUUAUAAUUUGAAGCAAGUUUCAAAUAGAUUUUGUUUCAAUAAAUGUUAAAUCAUGUUUGUAGCUAAGUGAUAUAUAAUUAUAUGAUAACGUCAUACUAUCUAUAAUCUGUCUGUACUAUCACUUUGUAGAUAUUAUCAAUUAGAAUUGUAACUGAAUUGUUCAUUUAAGUCUUAUUUAUAUUAUGUUAGCUAGCUAGUUAAAUGUUUGAAUGUGUUGCUUGGACACCGUCUUCCGUUGAAUUUUGAUGUUUAGAAUAUGUUUAAUAUCCCUGUCUUAUCUGAAAGAAGCCAAAUAGAAAAUUAUACAUAUAUAGGUAGAUUGAAAAAAUUAAGACAUUACAACGUGUGGUAGGUAUUUGAUGUACUACAUUUAUGACGAUGCUAAUAUAAGAUUCUCACGUUCACAGAUAGGAAAGGGAUUUUUUAACAUUUAGAUAUUUUUAAUGUAUCAGCAUACAUUUUCAGCAGCACUCCUGUUUGCACCUUUUAUAAGGUAAUAGGAUUUUUAUAUUCUCAAAUGUCGCGUGAAUAGUUUUAUUAUUGUAUAAGGUAACAGCAGAAACAUUGCUUAGCUUAAGAAAGAUUGUGCUAGACAACGUCUAGCAGUAUAUGUAGAUUAAAAAAAAGCCCUGGUUUGGUGAGCAUUAAGUUAGAUGUUAGUUAUAACUGUAACUAGUGUGAUACGGCUUACUAAAUUUAUAUUUUUAAUUCAUGUUAUUAGUGUUGUUAGAAGCCUCGUUGUUGUUUCCCUCGCUAUUAUAGUCGCUAGUGUCGUCCACGGCUGGACAAGUUUCCUACAGUAACCACGAUUGUUUUGUGUGACAUAGUGCCAUUGUUGAACAGGAGACCAGCAGCAGAUCGUUUGUCCAACUACUAAAUUAGCUCUCCGACUAAUUUUAGUAGCGUAGUGAGUCUUUAUUAAGCUAAGAUUAGUAUAGGCAAACUCAGGUCUAAAAUUCUCAUGGUUAUUUGGACAAUAAGGGUUAUUUACGAACUGAUACGAACCCUAUAUUUAUUAAUCAGAUAGAAUUCCAAAGAUUAGCAUAGAUACUAUGAUAACUACUACCUCGUAAGAGUUUAAUGGGCAAGGGAAACCCAAACAAACGUCGGAAGGUAUAUUUGAAAGUUAUUUUGAAGUGGUACAUGUUUUGGCCGGACUUACUAAAGCGGGGAUGUAAAGUUGUACGUGUUAUUUUAUUAUUGAUCGUUGUGUGACAAGGAGUGGGACUAGCGGGACCAGUAUCUCGCUGAGACCCAUCUCCGCUAUUAUUUUGCCAAAUAACGCCACUGACAAUGAGGGUAGAGGAGAUGAAAUGAAAUAAGAAAAUGAUGUGAUGUGAAUAACGAAAUUUUAUUGGUGAUUUCAUCUCCGCUUUGGUGCAGCCUGAGUAUUAGCAUGUGAAGAGAAGUCAUGUCCCGAAUAUAUACAUGCCUUACGCAUCGAUUUAGGUUUGGUGCCAGUGAUCGCCUUGAGAAUAUUGUUGCAAGCCUUUUAGUGUUGGUCGCAUGGCUUGCGUGCUUCAGCCUGGGGCUACGUAAUCACAGCACAUGCCUCGCAGUCUCACUUUAAUAGGUAAUUUAGGAUAGAUGCAAUUUUAUAGAUUAAAUGGUUGUAUUUACUAAGUAUAACAUUUCUGAUACAAUUCUAAUAUUGAAACCAAGUGACUCCAAAAAUGUACCUAUGAUAACACAAGUGGAAGAAAACAUUUAAAGAUUAUAUUUUAUUACAUUGGAUAGUAGUUAGGAUGGAUCCAGCUCUUUACUGAUUGUUACUUUUAGCUGAGCGCAUAUAUUAUAUAUUUUAUUAUAUAUUAUACAAUAAAUAGCAAUAACCAAAUGAAUUAUAUAGAAUUAUAGACAGCGUCAUAUUUUUAUGUAGAUUGGUAAGAACAGUGAGUAAUAAUUUUGCAAUAAUAUUAUAAUAAUUAUGUCACACGUAUUUUAUCAAACCAGCAGGAAAUAUGUAAUGAGAUGUGGAAUACAAGAUUACUGAUUGAUUAAUAAGUACAAUACACUCCAAUAAUAUAAUGAUUAAGGUUUGAAGCAACUUUCACUGCCUUCUUGAAAUCUUGUAAAGUAUGGGUGAAUACAUAGAAAGAUGGGAACAUGUAUGGUUUGAUAAAUACCUAUAUGGUUUUAUACCUAUUAUAUUUAUACACGGCUAUUACACACAAGGCAAUAGAUUAUCAUAUUAUAUUAGAGAUGAUUAGAGUCGUAUCUACGUUUAGUAACAGAAAUAUUCAUUUGUUUAUAUUUAAGAACAUUAUUUUCCUACAUCAUUAUGGUAGGGGAGCCCAUGAAGGGAUUUCGGUAGUUAUUCGAGUGCGUCAGAUUAACAUAUAUGGGUUAUACCUAGUGCCAUGUUGAAUUUACCCACAAUAUACCGAGCUGAUUAGAUGGGGGGAUUAAAAAAAUCUAAAUAAAUCGAGUCAGUUUUGUGAGAUUAAGGGGAGAGAGGUCGAUAGCAUGAUAAAGGAAAUGAAUUUAAAAAAUCUGCCCAUUAAGGGUAAGGUAUCGGAGACGCAUGUAGCAUGUAUAUUAUCAAUAUCUGACACGCUCGACCACUAGAACAAAAGUUACGCGUAACAAUUUUAAAGUUCGGUCGAUUCGACGCUCGAGUAAAUCUAUUAUGGGCCCUACUAUUAUUGUUUAUUUCAUAGAUUCCUUUGUGUAAUUAGAGUAUUGUUGCAAUGUAAGUAUUUAGUGUGUUACAGAAGUCUGUGAAUAUCUAAAAUAUUUAUUGGGUAAUUUGUAGUACUGGCUUCUCGGCCUAUACGAACAAGACAAUGUAUCGCCUGAUACGUAUAUAAUAUAUUAUGUUCAUAGACAGCUGUAAUGUCGAUAUUGUUGUAAUAAUUAUUGUAUUUUGUGUUAAUAUUGCUUCCUAUGUACCGUCUAGUUUAAUUAUAUAAUUAUAGUUAUUUAUGUUUAUUAUAAUUAUAAAGAUGAAUAUUUGUA